UUUUAAAAAAAAAACAUUCUUUUGUCAUUCAUUCAAAUCAGGUUAAACUUAUGAUAUUUGAAUACGCGUGGUUAAAAUAAAAUUUAUCGAAAACUUAAAAACAAGAUUACACCAAGGAUACCGAGCUACAUGUACACGCUUUAGAGGAUGGCAGCACCUAUGGGAGAAGUGCAUAAAAAUCAUGCGAGUCAGAUUCAGUUUGGGACAAAUUUGGAACUUGAAGCUUUGCACCAUAUUCAAUUUCUGAAGAGAGUUAAUGAUGCCAAGUAUUUAAAGGAAACAUCGGUUUUAAAGAGAGCUAUUUAUAGGUACGAGAAAUACUGGCUCCCUCUGGCGGCAGAUUAUCCGGCGGAAUGCUUAUCAGCUCCGCUUGGUAUCUCUUGGGUCUGGCACUGUCAUAUGUUGUGUCCUGUGGCCUAUGAAAGGGAUUGUAUAUCCAUUGUUAAUCGUCCGAUUAACCAUGUUCUCCGUGAUCCUAGAGAUUUCCAAGCUGCUCAGUUGAGAUCGCAGAGCUACUGGUCAAUGAAAUAUCAACACGACCACGAACCGUUUCACGUAGACUACACAGCACCAUAUGACAACAGAGCCAUAGACUCCUUCCAAUCUAAGUUAUCAUAUGAUAUUCUGUCGGCUGCACAACGUCAAAUGGCGUUCUUCUACCAAGUAUCACUUCCACACUAUAAUGAUCCAAUAUUCUUACGAAGCGCUAUCAUUCGCUACCGGAUGUUUAUUUAUUUGAAAAUGCAACUUCCGAAUGCGUUCCUGGUUCCAUGUUACGACAUUGACUUAAUGUGGCACACUCACCAAUUGUGCCCAUUUGUAUACAAAAAUGACAUGUACCGUUUACUUGGGAAAAUAUUAAAUCAUGAUGAUUCUACUACUGAUAGAAGUCCUGGGUCUAAGCUCAGCAACGCUACUACUGAAACACGUCAGCACUGGCUCAAUUUUUAUAAUGAGUCCUUCACCCUUUUUGGCGCCAUGUAUCGAGGAAAGCCACCAGCGGGCAUUCUAUAUAAAAUAACACCAGAACAGAUUAUGUUGAUAUCCUCAAAGAGAUGUUCUAUAACUUUUGAUUCAAUUACACUCACGCUUGAGCAGAGUUCCCCGAAACAACAAAAAAAUAUCAGGCUUUACGCAUAUCGAGGUAAUAAUAUUAUUCAACAGGACAAAAUGUUGAAAUUGAAGAGACCUAAAAACAGUCCUCUUGGGAGUUCGCAGAUAGUAUGGACCGAAAUAAAACGUAUACACGAUUUCAGUUGCAAAACCUCAAACAACAUCAAAUUCACGCUGGCAGAAAAAACUGGGUUGUGUCCGGGACCUAAAAUUAUACACGGGUCAAACUUUGUUCAUAUUCUUCAUCACAUAGAUGCAGAACAAAAUUUACAAAAUGGCGGGAAAUUCCACGAGAGAAUUCAGAUUGGUCAAGGUAUGUCAUUGGAGGUUAUUGGCAAUACAUCUCGUCCAGUUCGUGCAGGUGUAUUGCUUACAAUACAAAAAGGAGAUUAUCAAUUUGCGACCGUACCAGAGAAUAUACAAGAGUUGUGGGGCCCGGUUUCUCUUGAAAGGCUUCCUCAAGGCAUUGACAACCGAUGUCAAGUUGCAUCUCACAGCCUGUACAAUCAUGCAGGGAAAAGGGAAUUUACAGUUCGUACUAUUCAUAGUGCUCCACUCGUUAUGUCAGUAGUUCAAGUGUUCUAUCAUGAUAAAAUGAGCGCCAUUGCACACUUGAUUGCCUCUGAUCAGCUUCCUCUGCCAACACAGAUUAACACAAUGGGCGAACGGAUUAUUAGUCUUAACCCGAAACAAGGCGAGAGGGCUAUACUGAUAAAGAACAGUGAAGGAGACUGGGGUAUUGUAACGGGACGUUGGGAUGGAUUUAGACAAGGAAUCGAACCCGGGGGCAACGUUGGAAAGGGACAGCGUGGUUCACCCGGGACUCUCUUGAUCAAGUUCUACAAUUUAGUCACAAAGCGAAGCCCUCAGACGUUGACACUUGGGUACAUUAAGAACGAAUACGAUUUCAAUUUAGCUUCUUCUGACGUUGACCUUCAAAGUGGAUCGAUAUCUAUAGACCCAAACUGUGACGAUGUGGCCGAGAACAUCGCUUUAGCAUUUUCGGUAUCUUUGUUACAUGUUUUGUGCGUACCAAGACCAAAAGGCUGGAAGGAAGGGCAACAGGUAAAACCACCUCCGCUAAAGAGAGGAUACAGAGACGUCAGGGGUAUCCCGUCGGACGACAUGACCCUCAUACUAGCAGCAGGGCUUCUGAUAAGCGCUCCCUCAAAUUAUUACUUCCAUACACUUCAUGGUGAAAAUAUGUGCGCAAUGUGCGGAGGAGGUGCAAUCGGAUAUAACAUUAACGACCCGAGACUACCUUCGAGUGAGCACGGAUAUGGUCAUAAUGGUUCAGGCUGUGCAAGUGCGUGUACUGUGUAUGGCCAUAGUGCAGGAUGUGGGGGAUGCCAGGGUGCAUGCAGCAGCUGUGGAGCAGGGGGAUGCGGAGGUUGCGGGGGCGGUUGUGGAGGCUGCGGUGGAUGUGGUGGUGGAUGUGGAGGAUGCGGAUAAUGCUCCUGUACGUGUAAUAGGUGCACAUUUGGUCUUUAUAGCAUAGCAAUAACUAAAUUGCAUAAAUACGUUUUAAGGUACUAUGACGAAAGACAGAUUAUGUUUCUUAUAUUAUUUUACAUUUGUUUGCAAAGCUAUUUGAUUAUGUAUAACCGGACAAUUUUCAACAUGUUCCUUACGUGCUUAUUUUUCAUUAAACAUAUAACAAUAAAAAUGUGAACUUCAGUAAUGUUAAGAACAAGAAGGACUAAUAUUUAUUUCAACUAUGAUAGAUACCGUUUAUGGAUGAUUAAGAAUUGCAAACCAAGGCAUAUUAUGUUCUGUAUAGACAUUUUUAUCACAACUAGGUCAAUUCGUUUAUUGUAAAAAUUUGGGAAAAACAGUAAAACAAAUAUUAUUAGACCAGCAUUAUCAAAACUGGCAUGCCUCUAUGCAAGUCUCAACUAAAGGACUUAAUUAUUCAAUUUUCAAAGAGUCAAUUGACCUCGAGGGCUAUUUACUUAAUCAAAAAAAGUCUGACUGGCUGUCUUUAAUUAAAUUUAGAUGCGGCAAUCAUUACUUCCCAUGUGAAACUGGAAGGUGGCAAAAUAUAGACUAUAAUGAAAGAAUAUGUCAACUGUGUUUAAAUGAGAAUAGUACCCCAGAAAUAGGAGAUGAGUUUCACUAUUAAUUGACCUGUCCCUUUUUUAAUCAGACUAGAAAAUUAUACAUUAAACCUUAUUAUUUAAGAAGAUGUAACACUCUUAAAUUUAAAGAGCUACUUAAUACGCAGUCCAAAAAGCUAUGUACAUUUAUUAAAAUUAUUUUAGAAACGGUUAAACAGUAAGGAAUCACAUGAAUAUUUUCUCUGUAAAAAUGGUAAUAUUGUCAUAGGAUCUGUACACCAUUACUGUAUUAAUGUUUUCUUUAUUCCAUUUGCUUUUCCUUGUCACUGCUACAGUUUUUAUAUACAAAUUUUAUAAUCCUUUUUCUUAAUUCUUUUUUUGUAAUUAAUACAAACUGUCACUUCAUUGAUACAGAUUAACCCAUAUGGUCAUUUUAUAUUCUAUUUUUUCAUAGUCAAGCUUUUUUUCCUUGACUUCUCUAGUUCUAGUUUACACUUUUUUCCUCAUGUUGAAUAUAGGUCAGGUUUUGUAUUUUCUUAUGUUGAAUAUAGGUCAUGCUUUUUUCAUAACAUUAAAAUACACCUGUCAAUAUGCCUAUAUAGAUGUAGUUUAUCAGUUGUAUACAAUCAAAUUAAUCCUUUUCCACGAGUAUACAAUAACUAUGCAAAUUCUUAUUUAAUUGAUGUUUACAUGUUCUACUUCUGUGAAGACACGUGACAUUAUCAGGUUAUGACAUUUCUCAGUCUUCUGCUAAAUUGCUAAACUGAUACCUUUUUGAUCAAAUUGUGAAUACUUCCAGAUGCUUCGAAACAUUUUAUAUCCAUCUUCCGAAUAUUUAAACUAAUCAUUCGUUGAUAAUCGUCUAUUAAUUAAUUUAUCUUACUUAACACAUUUUACGCGAAGUUACCCGGUAAGGCUUUACAUAGCGGACGAUUACACUACCUUUUGGGUAUAUAGCGCAGUUUCGAUGCAGCGAUUUAAUUCAGGCUGCACAAAUACAAUACGAAUAAACUCUGUUUAUUUUAAAAACAAUAUAAAAUGGUGUUAAUAAUGUUCAAAAUUCACAUAACUAUUAAAAAGCGUAGAUUAUUAAAUUAGUUUCAGCCAUCCAAUAUCCGAAAAUGGAACAUUCCCAGACAAGAAUUUAUAGUCCUUUUCAAAAAAAUAAAUGGAGUAACACACUAUCACUAUUGUCAACCCCGUUAAGCAAACAAUCUGUCACGUGACCUCACAAGGUAUUUUUGUUCAAAUGUAUUAUUCGCUGUAUGCUCACAUGCUUGUAAUCAUUGCUUGAGCUAAAUAAAGUUUAUGUUGUU